CGUCAAAUCAAACAGAGGUGACAGCGUACGAAGUUGAGGUUAAGAAGCGAAAAAAUAUAUAAAUCAAAAUCAGAAAUGUUCGGUAAAUAGAGAUCGAUGGGCAGUUAAUCGUUGAUAAAUCACAAUGUCAAAUUUCGAAGUUGAACCGGGAGCUUCAACUGAAACCGUCCUCGAAACUGAUGGUUUAGAAAAUUUCGAUAAGUUGAAUUCGAGUUUAGAGGAAAUUAUAAGCGGUAACCAGGCAUCGAUUAGCGAAGAAUCGCAAAUAGUUAACGAAAACUAUAAUGAAAACAGCUUAAACACGGACAUAGCUAGCGAUUCGGAAGAGGAAGAAGAUACGCAAAAUUGGGUUUCCAAAAAGAAGCAUAUAUUUGUUUUGAGUGCUGCGGGAAAGCCGAUCUAUUCGAGAUAUGGAAAUGAAGAUAAGCUCGCAUGGCUAUUUGGAGUUAUGCAAACCCUGGUCAGCUUCAUACAGUCGAAUGGUGAUAACAUAAAAAGCAUACACGCCGGUGAUACAAAUUUUAUUUUCCUAACAAGGAAACCUUUGAUCUUGGUAGCUGUUUCCAAAACCGGGGAAACUACGACCCAGUUAACAACCCAACUAAACUAUGUAUUUAAUCAAAUAACCAGCAUGUUAACAUUGACGAGGCUCACCAAAAUAUACGAGCAAAGGCAAAAUUACGACCUCAGACGACUGUUGACAGGAGUCGAAAGGUUGAUACACCAUAUACUCAAUUUUUCCGAGAUCGAGCCCGAAUUUACGUUGGGCGCGGUUCAGUGCCUCCCUUUGGCCAGCUCGGUCAGGGACUCCAUUAGUUCCGCCAUAAUUAACGCCUGCAAUAAGAUAAAGAAUUUGGUAUUUGCGAUACUCCUAGCCAAUAACAGAUUAAUAACAAUGGUCCGCUUAAAAAAAUAUUGCCUUCACCCGGCCGACCUCCACUUGGUGUUUAACCUGGUGCAGGCGUCGGAGAGCCUCAAACAUUCGGAGAAUUGGGCCCCUUUAUGUCUGCCCCGGUUCGACGCCAGUGGGUUUCUGUACGCACACGUGUCGUACUUGGCAGAAGAUUGCCAAGCCUGUCUUCUCCUUUUAACGGUAGAAAAGGACGUGUUUUUUACCCUCAGGGAAGCAAAGCAAAAGAUAGUGGAAAAACUGAGGAGGGGCAAUUGUUUGGAAGCCAUCAACGAAUCGCUGGCCAGUGCGGAGGAGACCCCAGCUUCCGCUGGGUUUCCGGAAUUGAGGCAUUAUUUGUAUAAGUGUAAAUCGACGGCUCAGUUUUAUCAGCCUUCGAUAGGGCCGCCCUACUCGAAAGACCCGGUCAAGUUGAUGGAACUUUACAAGAGGGCCCAUUGCAAAAUCCACCAUCCCACGAGGCCUCUGAAACUCGUCUUCGACAGAUCGUCGUCGGAGGCCGUUUUGUCUUGGGAUACGAAAGGUUUCGAGUUGUACAUGGUUUUCGAACCGUUGAUCCAAACUGACUGCGCCAUCAACUUGGUCGGUAGGUUGUUAAACUGGAUCAAAAAACGGGAAGAUAGAUUGUUCCAUCUGAACGCUCCCACUUUUUGAUAAGGAAAAUAUAUUUCAAAUCCGUUAAGUUUCCAAAAACCCAUUUUAUUUAGCUGAAACCGAAUAUAUAAAAAAAUAUUAUUUUUGCCUUUCAGAUUUUAGAAUAACCUUAAUCAGUUACAUUAACAAUAAAACUAACCAAGAAUUGAGAGAAAACAUUGUUUUCUACAAAAGCGCUGAAAUGGCACAUAAAUAAAAUAUAGGUUUUAUUUAAUUAGGCAAUUUUUUUAGGAAUAAGUAGAAUUUCUGAAAAAUCAGGCAGAAUUUCAGACAUAAGUCAUAAUAUUUGAAAAACAAGUCAUAAUUCUGACAUAAACUAGAAUUUUUGAUAAAUAAGUCAAAAUUUCUGAAAAAAAGUAAGAA